AGUUCUCUGACAGAGACUUUUUACAUGAGAGGAAGAUUUCAAGUUUGUGUACAAAUUUUAGGCAAAAAGUAGGUGUAAUAGUGAUAAAAUAAGCUCAAAAAUAGUGCUAAAAUGUUACUGAGAAACCGAUAGUGACGAUGGAGAAAAGAAUGGAAACGCACACGAUGGAGCACCCAGUGAUGGAGAAGAGAAAAAAGACCAUCCCUGGAAAAUUUCACUGGUUACCGGUGAAUCUGCACAGGGAAGUUCGGAGUAUUCUCAGCUCUGAUUGGGAUCAGAAUAAGCUGAUAGAAUGCAUGGAGUACUAUAUAAGAAACGUCCCGGAUGGGAGUUUGUUGAGUAAGAAGAUGCAGAAUCCCAAGAUUACGCACUGUAUCAAAUCCAUGCCGGGAAUAAUGUAUUUAUUCAAGUGUCUCAAUGUAAAAUUCGGACCUACGGCAGCAUAUUUCGAUAGGAUAGUCAAGAUACUCCAGCUGUAUCUUGACCAUGAACUGAAGGCGUCAAUUCAGGAGAUUGUCUAUUACGUGGACAUUGCCAAUAAAAUAUCUCUGCAGAUAGAUGUCCAUCUGAAGAAUCAGGAUCCAGGAUACAUUCUCAGUGUCUUCCUGACAGCCAAGAGAUCUCAGCAUAAAACCCAUCGUCUUGUCCUGGAUCUCCUCUAUACGAGAUACCUAACUGUGCAAAAGUGGUCAGUACAGAAGGUUGAACUGACGGACAGAUUGAUGUUGAUGUAUGUGAUUGGGUACAAGCAAUGGGUGAAUCUCUUCCUGGAUGACAAGCCCAAAGUCCUGGAGAUCAUGAAGAACUUCUCAAUGUUCAAGCCACGAGAGACUUUCACGGAGAAUCCCAAGAUUCCACAAUCACUGCGAACGAUUUUCUCCCAGACGGGAUUGGUGCAGGAAUUACUGACAACUUCUGAGAAGGUGGAUGUCCUCAAACAGGCACUGAUGGAAUAUUUAGAUGAGGCUGGACACGGAAUGGUUGAUUUCACCGUGUCUAAUGUCCCAGAAAUGGCUGCGCUGUCAAUUGCGGAGUCGCCGACUGGAGAGAAGGGAGAUGCACAGGCAUCGACAAGCACAUCAGAGAUGGAGUCAAUUCUCGUGCCAAGGCCACAGGAGGCCAGGAGUGUUCCCGUUCCGUUGAUGCAGACGAGAAUACCGCGCGUGGUGAAGGAGGAACAACCUGAGACGCUGGCAGUGAUUGAUUUGACGGAGGAUGAAUUGCGAGAGAAGCCGAUGACGUGGCUGCAGAAUCUGGCCAGAAAGGCACGAGAUGCCCAGGAAGUUACCAUAGGGAGGAGUUCAUCACCCCGUGAGAUGGAUGUUAUUUGUCUGUCUGAUUCGGAUGAAGCAGAUGAGCCGGAAGCUGUAGUUGGGGUUCAGGAGGAAGUGGAAGGAGAAGGAGAGGAUGAAGAAAGUGUUGAUAAUGAGACUCAAGUGAAUCUCACUGAGAACAUGAUGCAGUGGUCCGAAGGGGCAAAUAGUGAGAGUACAAGUAGUGUUAUGGCAAAAAAUCGUGAAAUGUUGGACAGUAUCACGUCAAAUUUGGACGAAGUGCCGGUUCAUCAGAAACUGCCGACGACGACGAUGGUGCAGAUGGUGGAGAAGGGACAAUUGAGUGUUGGUGGUUUGAGUGGAAAGAGUGCCAUAAAAUUUGGGGUAAGGGAUGAUCUUGUUGGUUCGAGUCCGCGAAAAGUGACAACAGUGGGAACUGAGAAUGUUGGUGAGAGUCAGGGAAUGUGUCAGCAGCAGCAACAGUCGCAGCAGCAAGUAGCGGCCGUGCAGGAGGGUCCCGCAAUUGUUAGUGGUGAAUCUGUAGAGGAAGAUUCACAGAAUUCCGUGGAGAAUUACAAUAUUUUCAAUGAGAUCCGGAUGAUGGAACGUGGUGGGGAGAAUUUUGAAGCACCACCACCACAGUCAGCCAUCUUUCAGGAUAAUGCCAAUUAUUUCUGUGAAGAGGACUUUACAGGACUUCACAGGACAUCACUUUCAGCAGAUCCGAAAGUACUAGAACGUCAGAGGAGGCGACAGUCGACGGAACAGACGGAAAAUGUUGUUUUUAGUUUCCAGAGGCGUCCUCUGGCGACUAAUGAGGAAGAUGCAGAAGUUAUAAGUUCCAGUGGGAGUAGUAUGGUGGGAACAACUGAUCGGGUUCUGUUUAGUAUGGCUAAGCCUGCGCAGUUGCCUAUGGAGGAGAGUCUCAAUAAUAUUGUAAGGGAUAUCAUGGCGGAUUUUUCGGACGUUGAUGAUGUACUGCCGGACGAGGAGGAUGGUUCGAUAGAUGAUGAACCGGAUAUUGAGUCACCGUCGAUGGAGACCAUCGAAAAGGCUGAUUUGGUGGAAUUUAUGGAGAUCUGCGAGAGGAGAAACCAAAGUCCUGAACAUCUAAAGUCCAUACUGGAUCGGUCGACGCCGCAAGAGAAGAGUGCUAAAGUGAAGAAGAAGGUGAAAUUCGGAACGACGGAAUAUCACGAAGUUGAUGACUAUCCGAGGCAGAGAGAUUUUUUCGGUGGUAUGAGUCCACGAAAGGCCAUACUGAAGUCAUCGCUUAAGAAAACGAUGCUGUCAACGGGGAAGUGUAGUAGCGGAAGUGGAAGUGGAAGUGGAAGUGUUCAGAAGAGGUUGCCAGUGAAGGAGACAACAAAGAGUCCCAGCAAUAUCAUGGUUAAGAUGACGUAUGUAUCACCGGAGAUGCUGCAGAAUCAACAACAAACGACAACGGUGAAGGGUGUUGCAGCUUCGGUUGAUUCCGAUGUCAGAUCAACGGAUUCUGAGACAGACAAUGAGACGCCAAGGAUGCCUGUGGUUCAGCCAAAGAUCUCUCCUAAACGGACUCAAUUUCUCAUUCGUCGUGAAUUUGAGGAUCGUCGUAGGAAGAUAAAACGAAGAAACUCAAUAGCUUGCAUUAGCUAUGUGGAUUGUGAAGAAAUCAGGAUACCUAUUAAGGCGGAGCAGCCUGAGACGCCUGCUUCGCCUGAGAAACCUGCUUCGCCUGAGAAGCCUGCGUCACCUGAGAAGCGUGCUUCGUCUGAGAAGCAAGCUUCGUUUGAGAAGCAAGCUUCGCUUGAGAAGCAAGCUUCGUUUGAGAAGCAAGCUUCGUUUGAGAAGCGUGCUUCGUCUGAGAAGCAAGCUUCGCCUGAGAAGCGUUCUCCGCUUGAGAAGCAAGUUUCGUUUGAGAAGCUUUCUUCGCCUGAGAAGCGUUCUCCGCUUGAGAAGCAAAAUUCGUUUGAGAAGCAAGCUUCGCCUGAGAAGCAAGCUUCGUUUGAGAAGCGUGCUUCGUCUGAGAAGCAAGCUUCGCCUGAGAAGCGUGCUUCGUCUGAGAAGCAAGCUUCGCCUGAGAAGCGUCCUUCGUUUGAGAAGCAAGCUUCGCUUGAGAGGCAAGCUUCGUUUGAGAAGUUUUCUUCGCCUGAGAAGCAAGCUUCGCUUGAAAAACUUUCUUCGCUUGAGAAGCCUUCGCUACCUGCAUUGACUGAAGAAAUUCAGGUUGAACGACCAGUGGUGCUUGAAAAGCUUCAGCAGAGUGAGAAAUCGGAACUGGUUGUGAAACCGGUGCAACUUGAAAAGGAAGCUUCAGUAGAACUUUAUUCUCAGUUGCUUCCCACAAAAACUUCUUCUAGAAAAGUGAAGAAAGAGGCCAAAGUUAAAGCUUCACCUUUAGUCGAUCCCAAGCUUUACAGGGCUUAUGUGCCCGUUAUUAAGCUUGUCUUGCCAACCUUUGAGGCUAAAAAGGUCAAAGAUGUAAAGACUGCUGAGAAAAAGCGCAAUGUUCAAACUCCUAUCCAGGUCAAAAUAUCGCAGGAAAUGAGGCAGAAACCCUGGAUUGAUUAUCCGCUGUAUACAGGCUUGACGCCAAGUCGGAUGACAAGAUCAAUGAGACGAAAAUUCCUGGAGUUGAAUUUGCAGGAUGAGGACUUUGAGAGGGCCGAAACACCGGAAAAGAAGGAGAAGAAAGUGUUGAGAAGGCGAUUGCUCUCUACUUUUGAACUUGUUAGUGAAUCAAGAAGGGAAAUUGAGGAGGAGGAGAGGAAGAUGAAGUCAAAUGUUGUGCCACCCAAUGUAGUUCUUAAUCCUAGUUCUGACCAAGUUCCUAGUAAUUUAAGUCAAUCAGCAUUGAUUAGGGAUAAGAAAAAAUCUGUCGAUGGAGUGAAGAAUAGUUUGAAGAGGAAGGCCGUUGAGGAAGUGGAGAUGGUUCCAAUGAAGGUUGUUGUUAAGGAGAAUCCUCAAAAUUCACCAGAACCCCAACCAAGGGCACAGAGUACACCAAUUGUUAAAUUGGAGAAGGUUGAUCAAUCCUUGCCAAUAACUAAAGCUUCGAGAAAGGAAGUUCUGCCUCCGAUGGAUAAAUCCACUCCAGUAAGGCCGAUGUUAGACAGUAAGAUGAAGAUUCCUGCGAUAAGACUGCCUGAAGGACCUUUGAAGGUCAAAUCUCCAAGAACUCCAGUACCUAAAGGUCCUCUAACGCCUCUGUCGAAGGAAACAUUGAUGAUCAUUGGGAGAGACCGAAAGCUGAGCCAUAUGAGAGCUAUUGCUAAAGUCUUGAAGUUGACAAAUGAAGAAAUCCAGAGGAUUUGUAACAAUGUGAGACGGAGUUCGAGUGAAAAAAUGACAUUUCUCAGUGAAAGUAGGCAGUUUUUUCCAGACAAAACCUCAGAUACCCAAAUAGUUAAUAAGAAUAUUGAAGCAUUUACUCCAGCGCCCUCCUUUAAAAUUGAACAUUCAGAGAAACCUUUGGAACGUCCAAGAGAUUCUUCUGAUGUAACCGAAAAAAUAACCUGUGAUCCAAAAGAAAAUCAAGAGAUUAGUGAGACAUCACGAGAUCAAAUAGAGAAUGUCAAUGUAGAUAAUCUAGGAGAAAGUAACCUAGAUGUCUCAGCAAAUGAAGAUGAAGAUGGUAAAGCGAAACGUGGAAGGAGAUCUGAGGGGAAACGUAACAAAACACCACGAAGAUUGAAGAGAUCGUCACUGUAUCAGAAGAUUAUUGAAGAUACAGGUGUAUUGGCACAGAUAGAGGUUAAACCACUGGCAUUGUUGUCAAUGAAUGAAGAAAUUGGCAAAAUGGCCAGUCCUGAUUCCACAUCGUCUCAUGGUGAAGCCAAUAAGGUGGUUGAGGAGCAGUUUCAGGGAAAAGCCGUCUCACCCGAAUAUGUCAAUUCCUCUAUAAGUUCAACAGUUAACACUGAAAUAAGUUCAACGACACAAAUUGCAGCGAAAUCAUCGGGGAAUUGUAGUGAGAAGGGGGAGAAUAGUAAUUCUCCUGGAACAAAAUCACCAAGUCCUGUUGAUCAAAAAAUCCACAGAUUGGGUUUCAAUGGUCCAGUUUUGAGAUCAAUGAGCAGUAUGGGUAAUAGCAAUUCUAGUCCAAUUUCGUGUGAUAGUCAGGGGAAUUUGGGUGAAGAUGGUGAUUCCCACGAGAAGAGUCCAAGGAAUGAGAGUAAAUGUGAUAGUCAAACUGAAGAGAUGAUCGUCAAAUCACCGGGAAAUGUUCAGGAUGCGUCAAAUUCGUCAGAUGAGACAAAGAUCGAUGAUGAAAUAUCAGUAGAUCAAAAUGAGGUAUCGGAAGAUCGAAAUGAAGUAACAGAAGAUCGAAAUGAAGUAACGGAAGAUCAAAAUGAGGUAACGGAAGAUCAAGUGCACGAAGAGGAGAAAAGUGAAGAGUCUCCUCCGCGAUGUGACAGUCAAGGGAAUGACGAUCCUGAUGAAGAAGAUCGGCAACGAGAAGACGAAGAAAAGACACAAGAAGAAGAUAUUCAGACUAAAAGUUCUGAUGAGCCUAACGAAGAAGAAGGAACGGAGACCGUUCAUGAAAUAGUGGUUCCUAAAGAGGAAACCCAAAAAACUCCGCAGGACAAUCAGGAAGAUUGCGCUAAGGAUGAUGACGAAAAAACUGAUGAGAAGUAUCAAUCAGAUGCAUCGAUAGACUUUCAGGAUUUUGAUACAGUGUCUGAAUACUCAAACAUAGAGUCACCGUCAUCAGUCUAUGAUGAUGCAAACGAGGAGAAGAUUGACGAUUCGGAGGAAGAUACAGCAACGGAGGCUAACUUCAUGAUGCACUUUGAUCCAAGUGAAGCUUUCAAGGAUACAUCGGAGGAUGAAACGCAACAGGAAGAACCAGAGAUUCAUGAGAAGGAUAAUUUAUUUGAAAAUAUCUCGUCAAUUGAGUCAACGGAACAGAACUACUUAGUCGACAACUGUGGACUAUUAACCGGUGAUGCGGAAACUGUUGAGAAGAUUGCAUCACCGGACAGUUCAAAUGUCCAAGGAAAGGACACUGGUGACUCACAGGAGAAUCCUCUCGAAGCUCUUCCAGAUACAUCGGUAAAUUUCAUGCCGAACAGUGCACAUGAGAAUGGUGAUCUUGGAAUGAAUGAACAACAGCAAUAUGUGGAACAUGAUGGAUUGUUCUCGUCGCCCAUUUACGAUACAGAACCCAUGGAGAUGCCACAAGAAGAUCAAAGAAGCAAAUUCAAUGGUCAAAUGGCAGAUCAAUUGAUGUAUCAGACGGUCUGUGACAGUUCAGUGAAUAUUGAGAGGAAUUUGACAAUUGAGAAUCUGGUGGAAGAGAUGCCAAGUGAUGAUACGACACUCAUUACAGAAAGUGACAUCUUUGAGGAAUACUGUGAGAAUCUCACGAGUAUUGGGGAUAAUGUGACAGUAGAGACGGAAAAUGAGAUUGUUACGGAGCCAUUUGGGGUUAGUAAUACAUUUCUAACGACCCCAGUCAGUUUCUCGGCUGUUGUUCCCGAAGUAACAACGGCAACACGGAAGUCAGAUCGACAACGAAUAAAAUCUCACACGAAUCUCUACGUUGAACAUGAUUAUUCACCAAAGACGGAUACAAAUCGGAUAACUCCGACGUCGAGUACGAAGACGGGAGAUCGGUAUCUGCUGCCGCCGAAAAGUGAGAGAAUCAGUCGAAGGAGGAGUUACCAUGGAGAUGGCAGAGAGAGACGAAAGAGUCGUCAAAAGAACAAUACUCAAGGGAUCGCUGUGGGAGGAACACAACAAAUACUCUCAACAAAUCUACCGCCGCUUAAGACGGUACCAGGACCUAGUUCGAGAAUUCCAGAGAAGAGUCGUGUGAGAGUUAUCUCUGAACAAAUCAUCUCACCAUCUUCUUCGGUGUCUUCCUACCUGGAAGUUCACAAUAGUCUGCAACAUCAGAUAGAAAAAGGCAUUUCGCAGAUGUUGCCAACACUGCCGCCUCCGAUGUCGAAUGGAGAUAUCUUGAAGAAAGUCCGAAAACCUAAUCGGACGACAAAGACUCCACCGCCGGCUAUUCCGCAUUACGAACAAAUCUCUCCAUGCCCACAAGAUGCAAAGAUUAAAGCACAAAUGGGCGAGAUUAAGGCUUUCAAUAUGAUUCCAUCGAGUCAGUCGAUUGCAGCUCUGGCCUCAGUGGCACAGAGACGUUCAUCAAAGGACACCAGUGGACAGGUAUUUUCCCAGGCCAUUGCGGAAUAUCAGAUUGUUCAGUACACAACAAAUACUCCCAUCCCGUCGAAUCCAACGGAUUUCUGUAUUAUUACAACGGCAAGACAACCAACUCAUCUGCCAACGGACCAGAUCACUUUUCCCAAUUCCGCUGUUGGAGGUCAGAGGCUCACCAGUCAGUCGGAGGAACUGCCACAAUUUAUGGUGACUGAAUCUGAUCUCGUGGAUGAUUGUCUAUAAGUGAUGCUAUAUGACUUUACCUCUCAUGUCCAUAGACAAAUGAAAUUUAUUUGUAAGAUCGAAAAGUAAAGAAUUUAUGUUUAAAGAAAUUUUACAUUUAUUUACUCGAGUCAGAGAUUAGGAUUUAAAUAAGGAGAAAUGUGUGUAUGAAUUUUGAAUUUAUGAUUCAAGUAUUUUGUAAAAGCUGUUUAUUUUCUUCUUAAUUAUAAAAAAUGUGAAAAAGUGAACUUAGAAAGUAAGAAAAACAAUGUUAAGUGCCACAGAAGUGGCAAUAAAUAUUGCAAUACAGAGAAUUGAAUAAGA